AUGUCGGUCAACACUUGGCUGCAAAGGCAGAGGAAGAUGGACCUGACCGAGUUGGCUGAACACACUGGCUUGAAGAACUAUGAAGCGUUCAAGAAGCCCGAGCUCGAACUCGCUCUCGACGAGUACCUGGCCGAGAACUCGACCCAGUUCGCGUCCGAUCCCAGAGUCGCGCCAUACUACUCGGCGCGCGACAGGGCCAUCUCUUCCCCCGUCAAGAGGGGAGCUUCGCCCAUCAAGAGGGGCUCAACUGCAUCUGCAACGCCGGUUGAGACGUUGAGGGUUACGAAACGUCGUGUCACCAAGGCCAUUGAAGAUGCUGUCGCCCCGGAUUCCGACGAAGAGCCAGCCGCAGCUCCCAGCAUGACGACUGCCCUCGUGCAAACUCCCGGCCGCGCCCUGUCUCUUGCCCAGCGCAUCCCAUUACCUGCCACGCCUGCCGAUGUUGCCGAGGCCGUCGACCGUGGAAGUGUCAUUCUGAGAAACCGUGCCACCUCUUUGUACAAGGAGUCGGGCAUCACCGAAGCAACUCAGGGCAUCAAGGAGGAUCUCUCGACCGUCAACUCCAUCCUCUUCGUCAUCUCACUUUUUGAGUCCUGGUUCUUGCGACCCGAGGUCCUGCCUGAUCGCUAUGCCUUCACCAUCCCUGCCAUCGACUUUCUCGGAACCAACGACCACCCGAUCCAGGUCCCCGACCUGUUCCUGCUGCUGACCUCUUCCUUCUGGUCUCCCUUCCUCCUGUGGCUGUUUACUAGCUUCCUUCUGCCAACCGCCGCUGGCUACUUCUUCAAUCUGUCUGCUGCCCACCAGCCUAAUCGCCGUGCACGCACCUACUCAAGCCCUGAGUACGUCGUCGAUCCUCUGACCUUCAGCAUCGUCAAGGCCUUGAUCUCCUUUGUUGUUUACGGCCAGAACGUCACCUUCGGUGGCUGGGUCAAUGAGCAGUCUAUUGCGCGCGUGGACGGUGCCCUCUACGGCGGCUACAAGGGUAUCUUGACUGGUGCCGCUAUCACUGGCCUCGUUAGCAUCUACGAUGCCAUUUUGAAGAAAUAG